AUGUCCGACCCUCUUUCUUCUGAAUCGGCUGGCGACGUCCUAGCUGGCUCAGCUGACUUUCCGGCUGACGAGAAUAACACAAACGAGGUGGGUGACUCCGGCCAACAGUCUGAGGCUCUCGAUGCAUCCACUGUUGAGGAGGUCAGACCGCCCGUCGAUGAUAAUGGCCUUGAGGAGGACGGCGCGAUAGACGAGGAUGAGAACCUUGACGAACUGAUUUACUGGCGCGUGGAUGAUAAAGUCCCUCGGCCGGAUGAGACCACCAUCGGAGCCAUCUUUAAGAUCAUCCUUGCCGCACCGCGAGCCUCUCAGCCUGAGCAGACAACAGAAUCCACCUCGAAGACUCCGCCCUACGAGUUCCUGGGUGAAACCCAAGAUACAACGAUUGGCACCCUACCCGUCAAGCUUGAGAGAAUGCCGUCCCACAACAUGCUUCGGAACGACACAAAUUGUCCCUGUGGGAUUGACGGCUCCAAGGCAGUUAUGGCGGAAGCUAUGACUCGCAUGGUCGAACUACAGCCCGAUACGUUAUACGAACUCGGGAUCUCGAACAUUCCCGGUUUGCCUUGGUGAACAGG